AUGGCCAACGACGCAAAUACCACAACCUCCGUUCCCACCGUGCCCAUCACUCUGGAACGGAAGCCGUUCCUCCCAGAGAAAGACGACAAGGGGCUCCAGGAGCUAGGCGUUGCCAGAGCCAACAUUGCCGCGACGCACGACAAGCCAGAGGGGACUUCUUCCUGGUCAACACGAUACAGUCGUCAGACGGUCCUGCAACAGCAUUGUGCAUUCUUCGACAAGGACGAAGAUAGCGUGAUAUAUCCCUGGGACACAUACAUCGGCUUCAGGGCCUUGGGAUUCAUGAUUCCCCUGUCACUACUCGCGGUCUUCAUCAUCCACGCCAACUUCAGCUACCCGACCUUGCCGUCCUGGAUUCCCGAUCCCCAGCUCCCGGUCUACGUGGACAGGAUCCACAAAGACAAGCACGGCAGCGACACGGGCACCUACGACACGGAGGGGAGGUUUAUCCCGCAAAAGUUCGAGGACAUCUUCGCGAAGUACGCUGAUGGACGGGACUACCUCACGAUCCGGGACGUUGCCAACCUGCUCAACGGACAGCGUAUAAUUGCGGAUCCGAUCGGAUGGGGAGGGGCCAUGUUCGAGUGGCUGGCGACGUAUAUCAUGCUGUGGCCCGAGGACGGCAAGAUGAGGAAGGAAGACAUCAGGCGCAUUUACGACGGGAGCAUCUUCUCCGCCAUCGCCGAGCGUCGCACUCGUGAGAAGAAGAGGGGCUAG